AUGCAUCAUCGUCGAAGUCAGGGUGAUUCAAAAUCAACAAGUAGCAUUAAUGGUUCAUUAUCAUCGAUGUCUACAACAAAUAAUUCUUCUUCUUCGACAUCAACAACGAAUCGUGUUAGUAUAUAUUCAAUGCGUGAACGUGUUAUAAUAAAUAAAAUGACAAGUAUUAUAGGUAAAUUAGCACCGGAUACUGAAACUGAAGUAACUAGUCGAUUACAUCAAGAAAUACCAGCUAUUAGACUUGAUGGUCAUCUUACUUAUUGUUUAUAUAUUGCUUUACAAAAUUUAAUUCAUUUAAAUGCUAUUUAUAUUCUAUUAUAUCAUACAGUUUUUUGGCUUAAUUCAAAUAAUUUAAAUAAAGAAACAAUUUUUUCUACUCAAGUACUUGAACAAACAAAUUAUGAACAGACUCAUUUGGUUACUCUUUCAAAUAAUUAUUAUUCAAUAACAAGCAAAUCUAUUAAUACAGAUUUAAUAAAUCAAUAUUUAUAUAUGAGUUUAGUAGGCAUCGGUUCAAUUGAAUUAAUAAUUGCAUUUAUAUGGACACUAAGAAAAAAAUUACCAUAUUUAGUACAACGAAAUCAAAAAUUAAGAAUUCGUUUAAGUAAAUUAUUGGUUAUAAUGAUAAUUUUAAUUUAUAUUACAUUUAUAGCUUGGAUUUCAUAUCAUACAUUUAUUACUCAACAAUUAACUUUAACAAUUUUCAUUUUAAUUUUUAGUCAUUUAAUUAUUAUAACAUUUCUUGAUAAACCUAAUUUAUUUCAACGAUCACCUGAUAAUCUUUCAAAACAAUCAACCGUAACACGUAAACCACAUCGUCAUUCAACAUCAUCAUCAUCAACAUCUUCACUAGCAACAACUAUAUUAGGUCGAUCUUCUCAUCGAUCAUCAAAUUCUAUGCAACCUCGAAAAAUUACUCCCGUUAUUAAUUCAUCAUCAUCAUCAUCGUCAAAUUUGAUUGCAUGGUCUCGAUGGUCAUCUGUAACAGAAGAAAAAGUUGAAAUACAUGAAUGUUCAACAUUCUAUGCGCAAGCUAGAAGAGAAGCCGAUGAUUUAUGGCCAACUAUUGUUCGAAGAAUAAUUUUAAAUAUUUAUCGAACAAUUGCAUCAUUUAUUCUAUUCGAUUUAAUUCCAAUUAAAAUGUUGGAUAUUCAUGUACGUUCGAUGGAUAGUCAACCAUUAAAAUCAUUAAUUUUCAUAUUGACAUUAGGUACAUUUGUAACUCAUAGUGCCUUUUUAUUUCCAGUUAAACUUCAAACAACUCUUCAUCGUAUAGCAACACAUCUUGGUCAAUGGCGUCAACAAUCAAAUAUUCGAACAGACACAAUUAAUGAAUGGUCAUCUGAAUGUAAUUCAUAUACACGUGGAAGUGUUGUUAAAUUAUCUUCAAAUAAUCAAUAUUAUAUUGCUAUACAACAUUUAAGUAAUGCUGCUAAUCCUCAAUCAAAAUCUCAUUCAAUACUUUAUCUUUUAUUUGGUGAUCCAACAUAUUUUUUAACAGUUCAAUUUAUUUUUUCUGUUAUACUUGUUAUACUUCAUAUUAUAUGGAUUGCAUGUGGUCGACAUUGUGAACAAAUAUUAGUUGGUUAUUUAAUUAUUUUUUAUAGUUCAUAUCCAAUAUUUAAAAUAGCACGUGAUAGAAUUAUAAUGGAUUUUGUUGAAGAACAUGAAUAUUUUCAAACAUCGGCAAUAGCAAAACAGAAAAAAAUAAGUUGA